GUUGCAUAUAGAAAGUUCUUUUGAAAUACAACGAAAAUAUGCGAUAUCAAAUAUUUUUUGUAGGUUUAAUAUUUAUAAUCUUCAUCCCAUAUCAAUCUGAAGGCAAUAAUAAAUGUUUCACGGCAAAAACUUGUUUACAUAAUGCAAAAGAAAUUUGUGGUGAAGAUCAUAAUCAGGGUACGCGUCGAUUUUUUGAUACAUGUGAUAUGAAGGAAUACAAUUGCUUACAGGGAACAAGUUAUGUUAAAGUAUCAUUCGGACACUGUCGAAAUUUGCCUCCAAUUGAAGAAAAGUCAACAGAAAAAAUAUUGCAAAAGAAUGAAGAAAUGCCUAACGACGAGCAAGAUGCAGAAAAAUCAUUACAAAUAGACGCAGAAAACUCCAAACAGGAGCAAGAUGCAGAAAACUCAUUAGAAAUACACGAAGAAAACUCCAGACAGGAGCAAGAUGCAGAAAACUCAUUAGAAAUACACGAAGAAAACUCCAGACAGGAGCAAGAUGAAGAGAAAACAACAGAAAAAUAUGAAGACAACUCUAAGCAGGAGAAAGAAGCAGAAGAAUCAUUACAAAUACAUGAAGCAAAUUCCAAACAGGAGCAAGAUGCAGAAAAAUCAUUAGAGAUACGCGAAGAAAACUCCAAUCAGGAGCAAGAUACAGAAAAAUCAUUACAUAUACAAGAGGAAAGUUCUAAACAGGAACAAGAUGCAGAACCGGCUAUAGGUGAAGCUCAAGAUGCAGCAAAACUUAAUGCCGAAGACGUAAAAAAGGAUAAUAAAACAAAAUAA